AUGUCGGGAUAUGCCAAGUUUAUGAAGGAUGUUAUCACAAAUAAGAGAAUGGUAAGCUUUCAACCAGUCGAUAACUUGCAUCAUUGUAUUGCAAUCGCCACUCGCUCUCUCGUGAAAAAGAAAGAGGACCUAGACGCAUUCACCAUACCAUUUACCAUUGGGGUAUUCAACUUUGCAAAAGCAUUUUGUGACUUGGGUGCUAAUCGUACUGUGAAGAAGCUUGUAGGCAUUAUUUAUGAUAUUCUAGUGAAGGUCGAAUCCUUCAUAUUCCUUGCUGACUUUAUCAUUCUUGACUGCGAGGUAGACUUUGAUAUUCUUAUCAUUUUGGAUAGACUAUUUUUGGCAACCAAAUGUGGUUUGGUAGAUAUGCAAACUGGCCAGCUAAAGUUUCUACUAAAUAAUAAAAAGGUGAUCUUUGAUAUAUGCCGAGAAAUGAAGCAUCACAAUGAUCUACAAGUUGUUUCCAUAAUUGAUGUUGUCGAUAAUUUGCAACCAGAAAUACCUAUUAAAUAG